CAUUCAUGCUGUAUUGAUUCGUCCAUUUUGUUGGUGCAGCGUUAGCUGACUGUCCUGAUCUGGCUGCACAACUAGUAGCAAUACGGUAAGUGAGCUCCGGUUAGUACCGUGCGGUAACCUGUGUCCAGCGAGGGGUCAGUGGGAAGCUCAGCCUGUAUGAUAAAUAGCAGUGUGGAGGCUCAGUAUGCUCAGGCCCUGCUAUGGCUGAGGGUGCUGAGUGUAUCUAUCAGCCAUUGCUAUUUGCAAGCAUGGGAGUAUAGGUAUGAUAAGCACUGAGUGGGGACCUUUAGCUGUCCAGGUAUAGUCCCCUUGCCUACUGGCUGGCAAAGUAUAUCAUCUAGGUUCUAGUGCAGGCAUAGGCAACCUUUGGCACUCCAGAUGUUUUGGACUACACCUCCCAUGAUGCUUUGCCAGCAUUAUGGCUGUUAGAGCAUUAUGGGGGAUGUAGUCCACAACAUCUGGAGUGCCCAUGGUUGCCUAUCCCUGUUAGGGAAUAUUAAAAAAAAUCUGGAUUUCCCCCUUUUAAACAACGUUGCUCCAUAUGGAAUUGUGUUAUAACCAGUAUUCCUUUGCAAAUCUCCUGCAAGGCACAGUACUAACUUACCAACCCUCCCUCAAGGGUUAAGCUAAUGCGUAAUACUAUUGACUUAUAAGAGUUUAACCCCUUAAGGACAUAAUUCCCUUUUAUUCCAGAAGUUGUGUCCUUAAGGGGUUAAUAAUUGCUGCCUAUUUACAUUUUCAUUUUCACAAUGUAAGCUGGCUCUAAAAAUAUGGAAUUUGGGCUAGAACAUAGUUUAAUCUUUGUAGAACUAAAAGAUUGUUUUAGGUUUUUUUUUUUUAUUAUUAUAAUUCAAAUAUUGUAUUGGAGUAGUAUCAAGCCUGCUAGCAGUUACACAACUCUGUUACAGAAGAAUGAAAAUAGAGAUCUUGCAGUAUCUUAUUUUGGUGUUAGUUUGCUAAGACAGCCCCAAUCUUCUAAUUGCUAUUUGCUGUUAAUCACAUAGAAAAAUGAAUACCCCUAUUUAAAUCUUACCCUGCCAUAAUUCUGUAUGACCACUAACCUGGGAAAAGAUUUAUUGAAUUAUUCUCAAACAGGCUAGCUAGAGUUACUGUCCUUCUGUAAAUGUCAAACUCACUGAUAACUUAUACAAAGCGUACACAAAUGUCAGAAUUAUUUAGAAUUUCAAUUCACAGUGUGUAUGGCUCACUGGCAAUUGGAACAUUGCCAUUUUGAGAGGUAUGUCCGUAAGUUUCAAGAAGUAAACAAAGGAUGUACGGUCUUAUUUGGUGGCGUGCCUUUACAAUGUGCACAUUAUUGAGGAUUGCUGAAUUGAAUUUAAGUGUAGAAUAGCGGAUUGAAACUAAAGUAACAUUGUAAUCGUAAAUGUGAUACAUCUGGUGACAAAUAUCUAAUGGGGAAAAUCAAUUCGCACCUGGCAAACGUGUGUAUUAUGUUGUAUUGUCUUCAGAGGUACUCCUCACAUUAAUGCAUAUUAACAGAGCUAAGCAGAUGUAUUAGUAGAAAUUGAGUAUGAAUAGAUUAAUGUAGAAUGUCAUUGCAACUAAAGCUGAUUAUGUUUGUUUCAGACCAAACGUGAUCAAGCCACAGUCCUAUCAUGGCUGAUGUCAAGAAUUUUUUGUAUGCCUGGUGUGGCAAGAAGAAAGUUACCCCUAACUACGAUAUCCGUGCAGCAGGAAACAAAAAUCGUCAGAAGUUCUUGUGCGAGGUGCAGUAUGUGUGUUGAAAGUUAGACAUCUUUAAGUCUUAACAGUAGCAGAAUGUAAUUUGACAUCUGCAGUUCCAAAAUAAUUACAGGAAAACAUCAUUUCACAUUUUAAGAAAUGGACGUGAUGUGUGAAAGAAAGCAACAAACUAGUUAAAUCAGUCUACAUUUUCAUUUCCUCUCUCUCCUUUAAUAGUAGCAGAGUCUGAUGCAUGGGGGCUCAUUACUUUCCUCCUGAUAUUUAAAAAUGUGUUGUUUUAUUUUGUUUUGUUUUUAAUUCAUUAUUUUAGUGUGCAUAAAAGGUACAAGCAUGCCAGUAAGGCCACAACAGCAAUCCCUAGCAUCACAAUAUAUGGCAUGAGUAAAUACUGCACAAUUUUUGUUUUUAUAAACAUGCUUACAAGUAACUUUGCACAGGUUAUAUAAGAAAGGAAAAGCAAUACAAGAGUUAUGUCUGCUGAUGAUAUUUGUUAUUUGAUUAGUCUGAGACGGUGUGGGCUUGGAGCUGUUACAUUUAAACAGAUGUAUUUAUUUUUUAAUAGGUGCGUGUUGAUGGCUUUAACUAUACAGGCAUGGGGAACUCUACAAACAAAAAGGAUGCCCAGAGCAAUGCAGCCAAGGAUUUUGUCAACUAUUUGAUUCGUGUCGGAGAAGUCAAAAGUGAUGAAGUGCCGUUAGUUGGGGUUUGUAGCCAUUUGUCAAAAUCUUUGAGCUUUCUAUCAUAUAAAGUACAAGGAACUUCCAUAUACAUAGACAUUGGUCUUACUUUAGCUAUCUGUGGAUUUAUAUAGAGUAGUUGUUAUAGACCCUGGUGUUGGCACCCAGAACAAUUGGAUAGAACUGGUACAUUAUCAUCAGACUCAAGGUAACUGAUCACAAUAAAUUAUAUUUGUAGCAGAAAUAUACUCUAGGCUGCUUUACGCUUAGAAAAGUCUAAUCCACUUGUUGUUUUUGGGUUUUUUUUCCACAAUUUAUUUAUAUAUAUUUUUUUUAUUAUUAUAUUACAAUUAAAGUAUGGAUCACUGAUUUAAUUUUACAAUUCAAUAAUAGGUCACGAAGCUAAUUCAUGAAUGCAACGUUGGUCCUUGUCAAAAAAGCUUAAAGGGGAACUGUAAUUUCACAUGCUUUUUAAUCUUUUUUUUUUUUUUUACUUAUCCUUUUAUUUAAAAUAUAUAUAUAUAUAUAUAUAUAUAUUUAUAUAUUUAUAUAUAUAUAUAUGCCUAUGAAGGGAGUGAAAAAUUAAAUGUAGGAAUUUAUACCCCAUUUUUUUCUCUGCGACUGGGCACCUCCAUCUUCGGUCCCUGUCAAUUGUGUUGGAAUCAGAGUUAUCAAAUAAAAAGCAUACAGAGAAGAGGUGAAAUAAAACAAUGUUUUUUUUUACCUGACUGUCAUUUAUAAACUGGGUUAUGAUGUUGUGUGCUAAAUUUCUAAUAUGUAUUUAAAAGACAAUAAAGCAUUUCACGAUAACAAAUUAACACAGCCUUUGGUAUUUUUUGGUAUUCUAUUCAAAGAGAAGUGUAAAUUCCAGAGAAGUGGCAGUUUCCUUUUAAGAAUCCCUGAUCUAGGACAAAGAUAGAUCUGUCACGUGUUUGCCAGUAUUUGUUUUUUGUUCAUGUUUAAGGUCAAUUAUAGGGCUGUAAAACUUCUUUUCUAUUGUAUUCAUAAGCAGGCAGGGGAUACUAUGGAUGGAUUACAGCCUGACACUGCAGGAGGAUUUGGUGGUCCAUCUGGGGGUCCCUUGCCACCACAUUUGGCCUUGAAGGAAGAAGUUGAAGGUAAGUGUCCAUUGUAAUAUCAGAUGACCGAUGCUUUUGAAACCAGGGUUAUUACAUGCUGUCUUCUAAAACAUUGCUUCAUCUACAUUGUCUGCUUGAUGAACUCAUUUUAAAUAUGCCAAAAAAAAAAUUGUCAUAAGCUACAAGAUUAAGGAAAUGGAUUUGUGUUCUAUAACCAUGCUUCUUGCUAUGCAUUGUUGAAUGUCACACUCAGUAGCACAGUGAAGUCUAGAUUGUGUAUAAGUGCUGUGGAACAUGCUUCGACCUUACAGGCAUUAAUAACACUUGACAAUAUUGAGAAACUUCAACUGGUACACCAACCAAAUCUACUGUUUACUAGGAAGAUCUUACUAAGAUAUAUUAAUAUUUAGAAAAAAUAGAUUUGUCGUAUUAGUUCAUUAACGUUGUAGAUGGAAAAAGACUAUUACUGCAUGCAAGUUGGACACCACUUCAUACAGAAAGACCAAAGCAUUCAGGAGAUUAAAAUCAAAAUACUCAAAGGAGAAGGAAGCAUUUGAGUCCAGCAUUGCAGUCUUCUUCAACACUAAAGAUAGUGGACUAAAUGUGGAUUGGGACUUUGGGAGUUUUAAGAGUGCUUUGCUCCUUCUCAUCGAGCUGACAUAUUUUUUUAAGUUACAGCCAUAAUCUUAAUGAGUGUAUAUAUGCAACACAGCCCUUGCUUAUUGGUUUCUGCCCGAUCAAGGGCAAAUUUACAACACACUAGAAUUGUUUUUUGUUUUUUUCUUCCUGCUUUUACCUCUGCAUUACAGCUAUUUUAGCUAGCUGGUUUCACUUUGGUCAAAAAUGCUUUGGCAUUGAUAAAGGGGAGGAACUCCCAACAGCGUGUCACUAUAAAAACACUUAUUUAAAAACCAAACUAGGUAUUUAACCCCUUAGUGACCAGACCAUUUUUCAAUUUUCUUACUGUUAAGGACCAGGGCUGUUUUUAAAUUUCUGCUGUGUUUCUCAUUUACUGUACCCACACAUAUUAUAUACUGUUUUUCUCGCCAUUAAAUGGUCUUUCUAAAUAUACCAUUAUUUUCAUCAUAUCAUAUAAUUUACUAUACAUUUUUUUUUUUUUUAUAAAAUAUGAUGAAACACAACACUUUUUCCAACUUUGACUCCCAAAAUCUGUUACGCAUCUACAACAGCCAAAAACACUUGUGAUAAAAAUUUUGUCCUGCGUUUAGAAAUACGCAAUGUUAACAUGUUUUUACUUUUUUUUUUGAAAGUUACAGGGCUAUAAGUACAAGUAGAACAUUGCCGUUUCAAAAUAUUUAAAAAUUUAUCAAUGGUGACAUUGUAACCCUGUUAUCUGUUAUAAAUCUCUGAAUCACACCUCACAUGUACAUAUAUUUUUAAAGUAGACAACCCAGGAUAAUUAAUAUGGGGUAUGUCCAUUCUUUUUUUAGUAGCUACUUAGUCACAAACACUGGCCAAUGUUAGCAUUUAUAUAGCAUUUAUAUUUGUGGGUUAAAAUGCAAAAAACAAUUAUGAAUGCUAGUUUUGGCCAGUGUUUGUGACUAAGUGGCUACUAAAAAAGACUGGACAUAUCCCAUAUUGAAUACCCUUGGUUGUCUUCUUUUGCAAAUGGUAUGCCAUCAUGGGGAUAAUUCUCAUUCCUCGGCUACCAUAUUGCCUCAAACUUCAAUGUGAAAAAAACUGAAAAUCUCAGCCUUAUAUUUGACCCUGUAACUGUCAAAAAACUGUACAUGGGGGGUACUGUUAUACUCGGGAGACUUUGCUGAACACAAAUAUGUGUUUUAAAACAGUAAAACAUAUCACAACAAUAUUAUCAGUGACAAUGCCAUUUGUGUGUGAAAAAUGCAAAAAUCUUCACUUUCACUCACUAUCAUUGCUGUGAUAUAUUUUACUGUUCUGAAAAACUCAUGUUUUAAUGAUGUUUUGAAAAUCUACAGUCUCGGUAUAGGGCUUGCCAAUUAAAUUCUCUGGACUGUCUGCCUGGGUUGUCAAGCAGGUCCCUUUAAAUUAUAUAUAUAUAUAUAUAUAUAUAUAUAUAUAUAUAUAUAUAUAUAUAUACGCUAUUAUUUCCUAUAUAUGUAUAAUAUAUUAUUAAAUAAAUAAAGCAUUUUAUAAUACAUUAUACAUAUAUGAUUUUAUUAUAAGUGUAUUUUGAGAUAUGUGUAUAUAUCUCAAAGAACACUUUUAAUGCACUCAUAUACAUGCACUAUAUAUGUAUAAUAUAUUAUAAAAUGCUAUGGAUGCACUGAAAUUAAAAUUCUGGACCGAAACCAAAAAUUCUGGAUGCCCUUGGCAGAAAACCGAAAAUUAAAUUUUUCACUAAAUGAUUUUAAAACCAUUUUAUAUUCACCACAAUUCCAUAUUUAGUGACUAGCUCUGAUAGUCAUCCACACUUGUAAAACACAAUACAGCAAUCACAAAGCCUCUUACUUACUGUAACACUGUUGUUUGCAUUUCUCAGGUGACGGCGGAUAUAGUGUUAACAGUGUAGGUGCUUCCAAUUUUAGUGGCGGUGCCAGCUGGGAGCGUGGAGCCAAUCUGAAGGAUUAUUAUUCCAAGAAGGAAGAGCAGGAGAAUAAGGCUGUAAGAUAAUGUUGAAAGUGAAAAAUAAAUGCUACUGUCUAAGUAUGAACAAUGUAAUAGCCUAAUGCAAUUUGUUCCCAAUCCACCAGUCAUUUGUAGCAUUUUGGCAAAUCUCUGAAAUGCAGACUUGUAGCUUGCAGUCUUCAUCCGGUAACUUGCAGAAUGGAUGGGUUAUGGUUUCACCCAUCCUUUGUUUGCUUUUUGAUUUUAUAUGUAGUAUAUGGAGGGAGAUUUUCGCUUGUAUGUUAAUAUCUUAAUUUUAUGUUCUUUAAAAUGUCAGACUCUAGAAUCAGAAGAAGUGGAUUUAAAUGCUGGUUUGCAUGGGAACUGGACUCUAGAAAAUGCCAAGGCACGUCUUAAUCAGUUCUUUCAGAAGGAAAAGACACAAGGCGAAUACAAAUACUCACAAGUAGGACCCGACCACAACAGGUUUGUGUGCAUGCAGCCAUUGGCUGACCCUUUUCCAACCUAGGAAAUCUGAGAUAAAAUAUAUUGCACGGACACCCAUUUCUUCCAGUUUUUUGGCCAGAUAUUCUUUCUAGAUCCAUAUUUCAGUAUUAAUAGAAGGUUAUUUAAGCGAUUCUCUUAAGUAUUUUAGCAUAAUGAGAACCUUCAAAUCUGGAUAUAAAAGUGUGUAGUAUUUCCUGAAUUAGUAUGUUAUGUAUAUAAUACCUAAGUUACAAUGUGUGUUGUGAACAGCUUCAUGUGGCCUUACUUUUUGUGUGCAAUGGUUAAACGAUAACGAUGUUUGUAACAGUCUUUUUAAACACUGGCCCCUUAAAAGAUAGCAGUUGAUCUUUUAAGGGGCCUUGGUUGAAAAAAAACAAUGUUCUCAACCUACAAUGUCAAAGCUUUUAAUGAGUGAAGCAAUGAUUGUCCUGCUUAUUUAGAUAUGUCAUUAAGCUGUUCCUUAUGACGGAACCUUUGGCAUUGGCCUUAUUCAACAACUAGAGAGCUGCAAGAUGAGAAUUUUGGAUUUUAGUGCGUGCCUGUGUGUUUCUUAGUCUGCCGUUGUGGAGCAGAGCAUUACAGAGAGUAUUAAAACUACUCCCAGUAAAGCUCGUACACACAAAAAAGUGUUUCUUGUAAGAGACUUAAAUCAGAUGUGCUGCUUUAAGGCUCUUAAUAUUAUAUUUGGGGUUUAUGGAUAUGGUGGUGAUAAGAAGUUUUAUUUAUUUUAAACUUUUAAUAUAAUUUUGAAUGCUUGACCAUAUUCACAAGACUCACAGUAUUGCUGUCAGGUUUGUUGCAAAUAUCAAAGCUGUAUGUAUAAUGUUAUAUCGUCCGCACACUUACGUGUAAUCAACUUUUCAACUGUUUGUCGUCUAAAAUAUGAGGUGUUAACACGCUGUCAGGAUUAUUCUCAAGGUGAGAAUUCAAACAGAGUUUCAAAUUUAAGGUCAAAAUAUCCAAACCUAAAAUAAUAAAUUUCUAAGUCAGCUAUGCUUUCCAUUCAGCUACCCUGCCCUUGUAUUUGAAGUUUUAUUUUAAAUUUGCGUUGUAUUCUCACAAUAGUGAAUAACCCUGUGAAUUUUGAAUAAAACCAUACUAAUAGAUUGCUUUAGAUAGAUAUGUUUAGUGGUCUUGCUUAAAACCUGCAUCCAAAAUAGCUAAUAUUUAGUUACAUAGGCUGAAAAGAGACGUACGUUCAUCAGGUUCAGCCUUUCUCACAUCUGUUUUUGAAGUGCUUUCUAAUUUUGCAACAAACUAGGGAAAAAAUCAUUCUUGAUGCCACAAAUGAAAAAAUAAUUCCCUGAAUAUUAUGUUUUUACAAGUAUUCAUCCAGUUGCUGUUUAAACAUUUGUACAGACUCUGAUAAAAACCACCUCUUCAAGUAGAGAAUUCCACAUCCUUAUUGUUAUGGGAGAGGCAGGGAGACAAAUCUAUUAUUUGCCCUAGACUAAAUCUCCUUUCUUCCAGUCUAAAUGCGUGACAGUGUGUCCCAUGUAUAGUUCUAAUUAUUAAAAGAUUUUUAGAGAAUGAUUUGCAUUGGCCCAGAAUAUAUUUGUAUACGGUCAUAUCCCCUCUGAGGCGCUAUUUUUAUUUUUUUUAAAUUAAACCGAUUCUAAUUUAACCUUUCUUAACUAAAAUGUUCCAUUCCAUUUUUUAAUUCUAGUGCCAUAAUAUCCUUCUUCAGAAUAGAACAUAUUUAAGGUGUGGUCUUACAUGGGGAUGUAAUGAUUUUACCAUGAUUCCUUUAGGUGAAACCAUUCCCUAAAGUAAGGAGGAAAUUAUUUUAUUCAGAAAAUGUGCCAUAUUCCUUCCCAUGCUGUUUUAACAUGUGCAUAGGGAUUUCUGAUAUUUCAUUGGAAUUUUAUAGUUAUUUCCACUUAUCUUUGUUUCCAAGCACUAGCAGAUAAUUAUGGGUGAUGUAGUUCAAUACUAUCUGGAAGGUUAAAUAGUAAAAGCCAUCUCUCGUUAAGAAUUUUAAUGGAUUUCCGACAAAUAUAGUAAGUUAUCUACAUUAAUUGGACCCUAGAAAUAAGUUUGGGACAUUGACUUGUUCGGUCUUUUCAGUGAAUGGAUUAGCAGUCUUUGGCCUAAUGCUGCUGUUUGUCUAAAACAUUUUAGUUUAGGCUUAUGAUAGAAAAUCAUAGGGCGGAAUUCUAAAAGUGGACCACUUAGCCACAGUAACCAGUCAAAUAUUCCUAGUGAUUUCUUCACUUUGUAAAACUUUUGCAUCAGAAUUGCUUUUUAUACACAGUGUCUCUACAACUCUGUUUUGAUCCACAUCACUAUUUUACAACUACAUGUUUAAAAAGUAUGUGUGCAUUUUAUUUUUCUAAUUCAUUAUUGUGAUUCAAGUGAAAAAAUUACUGUUUCAGUCUGUCUUUACAAUUUUUAAGAGGUGUUUAUAUAUUACUGUGAACAAGUUUACCUAAUUCCACAACUCUUUACAUUCUGUAUUGGUGAUAAUGAGGAGAAAUGGUGUGACACCAGGAAUCUGCUUUUUUUUUAACAUUUCGCACAUGGUAUAAAGCUUAGGCUGUACUAAGCAAUCCCAUGUGGAGUCUAAAUCCAAAUACUGAUUCCUGGUGUCACUCUCUCCAGGUGACCAAAAGGCCGGCUGAGAAACACACAGGUGCAGGCUGCUAGGGAGACCUUUGCAGGUCAGUGCCUUGUGGACUGGGUUUGUAUUAGUUCUGUGAAUUAAAAAAGGUGUUGCUGAUAUAAUAAUGAAAAAGCUGAGAAAUUUUAAUUACAUUUUUGUCUCUCUUAAUGCAUGUGCAUCCAAUGUUGCCUGCUUCUACUUUUACACAAACUAAUUCUGGUGGCCUUUGUGAUUCUCUUUUCCCAUUGUAAUGUUUUAAUGGUACUAUUUUGUACAAGGAUAGCUUGUUUUCGGGGAUGUUACUUGCGUAUAGCUCCUAAUAUUUUGUUAGCUGUUUAGAACUUGGGGUGGGGGGAGGGGUGUAGGGGUCUUGCAGAUUUAUUUCUGUUUCUUGUUGUAAAACAAGUAUAGCUCCUUAAAUACAUAUAUAUUUGUCCACCCAACUUGGUUCUUUAUUUGCCAAGUUAAUCCAUAUGUCUGACACCAGUGCACCUUUAAAGGGAAAGUCCUACAGAAAAUUUUACGAGGAAGCUAUAAAUUUCAAAAUAAUACACAAGACUCACUGGUCUUCUCUGUGUGUUGGACUUCUCAUUGUAUUACCAUAUAUAAAUUUAAUCAAAUGGAGCCAGCACAUUCCUAUGGAUAUGUAAUAUAUUCAUUUGCCUGAUGUCUCCUGUGCUCUCUAGAAUCACGCUCAAAAUAAUUUGAGACACGCGCAUUUUCCUCAUUCUGUAACUCUAUAUAUGUUUAAUUGGGACCUGCAAGUCCCUGUAAGCUGUAUCUUGAUUCCUCACAAAAUAAGAAUAAAAAAAAUAUAUUCACAAAAAUAAAUAUUUCAAAAUUUAUAAAACUGUAAACAUGCUGAUAUCCUCUUCCAACUCAAUGUAACAAAAACUGUGGGUAUCAAGUGGUGGUACCAUUGGACUUCCAAGAAUAACUGUCACUUAUUGUAGAUUACAUAUGGAAUAAACAAAUUCCAGUAGUUAGUGUUAAUAAUUUAUAUUUCAGUUUUUUGACAAACUGGUGCAUUCACCACUGCUGAUGCUGCAAUUAAUGCUGAUUUCUGUAGAACUUUCUCUUUUUGCAUGAACUACUGGUGAAUCUCUCAGAACUUCUCUGUGCCCUACCUGUGAUUUGCUGUCCACUGUAGAAUAUUAUUGUGUACUAGUUGCUAGCAAGUGUCGCUAAUAUUUAAUUUGCUUAGUGUAAGUAACCCAUUAAUCUGUUCAGUGUCUGCAGUGUGAUGUGCGUGUGUUUUGGCAAUGUAUAGUAUUUGGGUGUGCUGUGUUUACAAAUCUGAAACAUAACUGUCUCUGCAGGAGCUUUAUAGCAGAAAUGACCCUCUAUGUUAAGCAGCUCGGAAGAAGUAAGUCAUCGUUUUUAUUUAAAUAUUUUUCUAUUAAAAUAUAAAAUGUGUUGUAUAUCGUGUAUUUGGGUGACAUUUAAAAGGUACAAUUUAUACUUGGGUACUUUUGGCCCAUGUCGGGGUUUUUUGUACAAGGAUAUUUUUAAUUAUGUUUGUCAUUCUGGAAACAAAAAAUUUUCUAAUUUGAUUUUCAGGGAUCACCGCCAGAGAGCAUGGCUCUAAUAAGAAACUGGCCGCUCAAUCCUGUGCCCUAUCACUUGUGCGUCAGUUGUACCAUCUGGGUGUAAUUGAACCCUAUUCUGGACUAACCAAAAAAAAGGAAGGAGAAUCUGUGAGUUUCAAUUGUGUGCAUGUUGUUAUAGGGUACCUUGUUUAUAGCUCUUGCACGCACUAUGCAGAUACUUCCCUUUUGUGAUGUGAUGUUAUUGCAUAUGAUCUUGCUCCAUAUUUUAGCUUCCAGAUUUUGGGAAAUGAAUAUAGAAAUACACUUUUUUUUCCUUAAUAUAUAUUACAAUGUUAUAUAUGUUUUGGUCAGGGCUUUAAAAGUGUCACUUAGUCACUGAAGUAUGAACAAACCAUUAAAGGGAUACAAUAGGUUUUACUUAAUGAAGCUGUUUUGGUGUAUAGAUUAUACCCCUACAGUCUCACUGAUCAAUUAUCUGCCAUUUAAGAGUUUAAAACACUACACUUGAGUACACAGCCUUCUUAAACACUUCCUGUAAAGAGAGAUCUAAUAUUUAAACUUCCUUUAUUGCACAGUCUGUUUAAUUUAGAAUUUCUUGUUUCCUGCUGUGUUAAGAGCCUCCUGUAUUUGAUUAAAGUUAAAUUUACAGUGCAGGAGAUUAAAACUUCUAAAAUAAGUUUGAAAGAGCUGAAUAAAAAUGAACCCUUUUUUUUCUUCAAGCUGGCUAGUUCGGUAUGGCUAAGGCCAUUUGGUGCCUGUAAUAUCCCUGUUAAAGGACAACUCAAUUAAGUUGUUAUGGUGCAAGAAGAUCCCAGGUGCCAUCUUACCAUAAGCGGUUUAACUGUUUAACACCAAAGUCUGCAAAACGGUGCCCGAUCAUUCUGCCCCUUCAUGACCUAUACAGACCUGAGGUUUCCGCCAGCAAGCCUCGCACCAGGCGCCGCUGACUUUUUCAGCAUAUUAGUAGCUCCCCAUUUCGAAAUGGGAGUUAAAAAAAAAAAAGUUACAUAUAUUUUUAAUAUUAUCCUUUUCAUGUUUUGUUUUGGGGGUUUUCCCCCACUUUUGUGUAUGUUUGCAAUUGUUUGAUAGGAGCACUCAAUAAAUAUUUUAAGCCCUCAAAAUUCCUUAAAUAAGGACCACCCAGUUUUCAGCACUGGCAGAGGGUUAUUAGGUGAUUGUCAGACUAAAUCCCUUUUCAUCCCAAGUGACUCUAACAUUCUUUGCAGGUGGAACCGUACCAGGUUACUUUGAGUCCAGAUAUUCAAAAACAGCUACAGAAUGUAGUUCAAGAGCUAGAGAUUGAAUUGCCUCUCCCAGUAAGUAACGUUUUAUUUCCAUAUGCAAAUCUCCAGAUAAAGAGAUUGUUAAUACUCGAUUUCCUUUUAGCCUGAGGAUCCGAGUCAACCAGUCUCUCUCAAUCUGGGAAAGCUUGUGCAUUUUGAGCCUUCGCAAAGGCAGAAUCAGUCUGGAGUUGUGCCAUGGUCUCCACCUCAGGAAAACUGGAAUCCUUGGACCAGCAGCAACAUUGACGAGGGUCCACUUGCUUUUGUAAGUAGUUACUAUUUGUUUUUUGAUUACGUUUGAACACCACCUUAUCCAUGAUCCAUACGAUUGCAUAGUUCGUGUUGGUAACAAUUAAACAAAGAUUUGAACUAUCUACAUCUGCCAUAUUGAAUUUUGAAUAUUAGGAUUUGUUUUCCUCUUCUCUCAUUUAAAGGCAUCACAAGAGCAAAUCAGUGCUGAUUUGAAGAGUGAAAUGGAGUACCAAAUGCAGCAAGAUGGUAGCCUACAGCAGGUUAGUUGAAUUGGAGGUUCUGUGGGCAAAUGCAUGGUUGCUUUUUUUUUUUCUUCUUCUUUUCUUUUGCAAUUACAUUUUGAUUAAAGAACAAAGCAUAUCAAGUACAAUAUACGCGCAAUGACCUUUGUUUUGUGCCCUUUGAACUACAGUGGUUUUAGAAUAGUAGAAAACAGUUUCUCUGAAGAAUUACUGAAAAUGUAAAACUUCUUAUAUAAUUGUUUUGUCAGAUCCUCAGUGAACGAGAGGCUCUCCCUGUGAGAAAAUUUCAGGAUGAAAUAUUGCAUGCUGUACACAACAACUCUGUGGUGAUUAUAAGAGGAGCUACCGGCUGCGGUAAAACCACGCAGGUCCCGCAGUAUAUCCUGGAUGAGUAUGUCCGGAAUGGCAAUGGAGCGCAGUGCAAUAUUGUGGUGACACAGGUACGGAUACAAUACAAGUGGAAUUACCUGUGAGACAAAGGACUAGUGAAAACAAGAUGCUUACAUUUAUCUAUUUAGCCCAGGAGGAUCAGCGCAGUAUCAGUUGCAGAACGCGUGGCUUACGAGCGGGGAGAGGAGAUCGGGAAGAGUUGUGGCUACAGUGUGCGUUUUGAGUCUAUGCUGCCCCGUCCGCAUGCCAGUGUACUCUUCUGCACAGUUGGUAUGUACACUCAACACAUGGACAGCAAAACUCAUUGUGCAUUCCAAAUGUAUGUUGUCUGUCCUCCCCAUCUGCUACACAUAGUAUAUGUUGUGUUCUGUAUAAAGUAAUCAAAUGUUAUAAGCUAACUACUUGUCUCUUGGAAUUUGUUAAAAUCUGUUGUCUGUGUGUUUUUGUUGCCUGACAUUUCAUCUUGUCUUUGACAGGUGUCCUCUUGAGGAAACUGGAGUCUGGGAUCAGAGGAAUUAGCCAUGUUAUUGUGGAUGAGAUCCAUGAGCGGGAUAUUAAUGUGAGUUGAUGUUUGAGCUCGGGCCGUUUUGGUUUAUAUUGUACGAGCCUCCUGAAUAGCAUUUUGUACUUUACCAAUAUAUUAGAAAUAGUUAUUAAAGGGACACUCCAGAUUCCUAAAGCUCUAAAGUUGCUGAAGAGUUUGCAGUUUUGUAAAAUAACCUUGUACCCCUCCACUGACUAUCAGACAAUCACUCCUGUUACUUCCUGGUAGUUUAGCUCAAUGGAACUCAAGAGGCAGGCAAUUGCCCGGAGCACCUGACUUGCAAAUGCUUCUCUUUUUGCUGCAUGGGAAGUCUAUAACUGUACAGCCACAGAAAGUCUGGGGAAGAUAGAGAGGGCUUGCAAAGGCUGCAGACAAGUUGUUUUUAGAUAAAUUCUCAAUGGAAAAAAUGUGAAUAAUUAAAUGCAUACUUUUUUUUUUUCAUUUGGGGUAUAUAUAGUAAAUAGUGAUUUUUUUUUUUUUAAUUUAUUUUUUUUUUUUUUAUAAAUUUGAGCAGUGGAAUAUUAGUUAAAGGGACACUAUAGUCACCCAGACCUCUUCAGCUCAAUGAAGUGGUCUGGGUGACAGGUCCCUCAGGUUUUAACCCUGGAGAUGCAAACAUAGCAAUUUCAGAGAAACUGCUAUGAUUACAUUGCAGGGUUAAGCCAGCCUCUAAUGGCUGUCUUCCUGACAGCCGCUAGAGGUGCUUCUGCGAUGCUGGAUGCGAAAAUCGCAUUCAGCGUGCAGAACGUUCAUUUAAUGCCUCCAUCACGCAGAGCGUCCAUGGGCAAGCAUUGAAAAAUGCUUUCCUAUGGACACUUUGAAUGCGCGCGCGGCACUUGCCGCACAUUCGGCUCUGCUGACGUCGGCAGAGGGAGCUGACAUCCGCGGGGGAGGAGAGGUCACUGGCGCUGGAAAAAGGUAAGCUGCUGAAGGGGAUUUAACCACUUCGUCACCACGGGAGGGGGGCCCUGAGGGUGGGGGCACCCUCAGGGCACUAUGGUGUCAGGAAAACCGCUUAGUCUUCUUGACACUGUAUAUUAUAUGUAGCCUUGGCACUUACCCCUUUGUAUAUAUCCAAAUGUUCUUGCCUUGGUGCAAACCUGUGUACAAAAUAUAAUCCAGGAAUUAAGGGGUGCACUCACAGGUCUUUUGGAACUAGUAAACACAUAGAUAGGAAUGGAUUGACAACAAGGUUGGGCUCAUCGAUCAAAAUAUUGCUUUUGUUUGUUUCAAAGUGCCUUUGGUAAGGUGAAAACCUGUAACAAAAACAAUCAAUGUAGUGCUUAUAUGGAUAUAUGUGAUUAAGGUAUUUGUAUUAACCCCUUAAGGACUGGACCUUUUUUGCGAUGUUGUACAUUUGCGACCAGGCAUAUUUUUACACUUUUGUGGUGUUUGUGUUUGGCUGUAAUUUUCCGCUUUCUCAUUUACUGUUCCCAUACAAAUUAUAUAUUGUUUUUUUCAGGACAAAAGGGGCUUUCUUUACAUACCAUUAUUUAUAUAAACUCAUGUAUUUUAAUUUAAAAAAAAUAAAAAAAUAUGAUGAAAAAUUGAAAAAAAUACAUGUUUUUUACUUUUACUUGAAAAAUCUUUUACUCAUCUACAAAAGCGAAUGAAAAAAACUGCUAAAUAGAUUCCAAAUUUUGUCCUGAGUUUAAAAAUACCCUGUGUUUACGUGCUUUUUUGCUUUUUUUUGCAUGUUAUAGGGCUAUAGGUACAAGUAGGAUAUUGUGGUUUCAAAACAUACAUUUUUAAAAUUUAUCAAUAGUGACAUUGUAACACUAUUAUCUGUCAUAAAUCUCUAAAUAACACCCCACAUGUACAUAUUUUUUUUAAAGUAGACAACCCAGGGUAUUCAAUAUGGGGUAUGUCCAGUCUUUUUUAGUAGCCACUUAGUCGAAAACACUGGCCAAAGUAAGCAUUCAUAUUUGUUUGUGUGUGAAAAAAGUAAAAAAACUAAAUUGAACGCUAAUUUUGGCCAGUGUUUGUGACCAAGUGGUUACUAAAAAAGACUGGACAUACCCCAUUUGCAAUACCUUGGGUUGUCUUCUUUUGCAAAUGGUAUGCCAUCAUGGGGGUAAUUCUCAUUCCUGGGCUACCAUACGCUCUCAAAGGCAACGUAACCAACCUGGCCAUUUUCAAUGUAAAAUAUUUGACCCAUAUAUUUGACCUUGUAACUUUCAAAAAUGCUAUAAAACCUGUACAUGGGGGGUACUGUUUUACUCGGGAGACAUCGCUGAACACAAAUAUUAGUGUUUAAAAACUGGAAAACGUAUCACAACAAUUAUAUCAUCAGUAAAAGUGCUGUUUGUGUGUGAAAAAUGCAAAAAAAGUCAUUUUCACUGACAAUAUCAUCGCUGUGAUAUGUUUUACUGUUUUGAAUCACUAAUAUUUGUGUUCAGCGAAGUCUCCCGAGUAAAACAGUACCCCCCAUGUACAGGUUUUAGGGUGUCGUAGAACGUUACAGGGUAAAAUACAGUGCUAGCAAAUUAAAUUCUCUGGAAUUUCGGCCUGGGUUGGCAGGCAGGUCCCUCAAAUUGCAAUCAAUAAAAUUACUGAAUUAUGUAAAAAUAUUACAUAAAUACGCACGUAGAAUUUAAAUAUAUAUGCAUAUUUAUAUAUUUGAAGUCUAUGUGUAUAUUUAUAUAAUUAUUUAUGUAAUUUUGUAUAUGGACAUAUGUAUAUUUCUUAUUAUUUUUAUUUAUUUUAUAUAUACAUAGAUAUAUAUACAAAUUCAUUCUAAGUGUAUUUUGAUAUAAAUAUAUAUAUUAAUUUUAAAAUAGUUAGAAUAAAAUUUCAUAUAGCUAUAUAUAAUUUUUUUUUUUUAUUAUUAAAAAAAAUUAUUUAAUUUAAAUUACUUAUUUAUAUUUUAUAAUAAUAUAUAUAUAUACAAUAUAUAUAGUUAUUAUAUAUAUUAUAUAUAUACGUGUGUAAUUUAAUUAUAAGUGUAUUUUUAUAUUAAUAUAAGUACAUAUUAAUAUAAAAAUACACUUAGUAUGGCAUUAUAUAUAUAUAUGAUAUAUAGACAUAUAUUAUAUAGAUAUAAUAUAUGUCUAUAUAUCAUAUAUACACAUAUAUAAUUUUUUUUUAUUUUUAAUUACUAUUAACUUUAUUUUUUUUUAAUGAUUUUACACAUGCAGGGAGACACAUGGACACCCAUUGUGACCAUGUGAUCGCUGUGUUAAGCGAUCACAUGGCCACAGGGGUCCUAAUUCAGUGUAGGGAGACUGUCUGGGCUGCAGGCAGUCUCCCCACAACCGGAGCCACGCUGAUCGCCGCCGGGGGAACGACGGCGAUCAGGUAAGUACAUUGCACCGUUAGGACGGUUCAGGACCGUCAUCGGCCGGCAAUGGGAAAAUGCCGAUGACGGUCCUGGGUCGCGAAGGGGUUAAAAAAAGAUACCUUAAUGUGCGCUUUAGUGGUAUUUCGCAUACAGGUACGAUUCCCCUCAAAAAAUACUAAAUAUAUAUCAUAGUGCAAAGCUUUUAAAAAAAAAAAAAACAACAAUGUGUAAUAUCUAACAAUGGAGCACUGACAAAUUCAAGAGAUAAAGAACCUAGCUCUGGUGUUAGCGGCAGUCUAGACGAUUCUCCCCUUCUUGGUAACGACACUAUCCCUGGCCGCUAUCAGCAGAGCUAGGUUCUUUUAGCUCUGGAAUUUGUGAGUGCUCUGUUGUUGGAUAUUACACAUUUAGUUUUGUGUUUUUUUUUUUUUUAUAUAAAGUUUUGCACUAUAUGCGAUAUAUUUUGUAUUUUAAAGAUACAGCCUACCUGUAUGUGAAAUACCACUACAGGUAACAUUAAGGUGUGUGUGUGUAUAUAUAUAUAUAUAUAUAUAUAUUUAUUAUUAUAUAUUUUUUUUUCUUUAUUUGUAUAGAAAACAGUAUAAUGUAUAGAAAAUAUAUUGCUCCACUAUUUUCUAUAAAUUUUUUUACCUUAAUUUGUCUUCUCUUUCAGACUGACUUUUUACUGGUUGUUCUGCGUGAUGUGAUCCAGACUUUCCCAGACAUCAGAGUUAUCCUUAUGUCCGCCACUAUUGAUACAAGCAUGUUCUGUGAAUAUUUUUUCAACUGCCCUAUCAUUGAAGUCUUUGGACGUACCUUCCCAGUGCAAGGUACUUUGCCGGUUCAGUAUUCACCUUGGGAGAACUGCACGAUGCUUACAUAGCCUGUUGUAAUGCUAAUCACAAAAUGCCCAUUUGCCUCAAUUGCAUUAUUUUCUUCUUCUAUGCAGAAUACUUUCUGGAGGACUGUAUUCAGAUGACCCAGUUUAUCCCACCUCCAAGAGAUAAAAAGAAAAAAGAUAAAGAUGAAGAAGGUGGAGAGGACGAUGAGGUUUGUUGAACAGGUCACCAGUCAAAAGUGCAAGUGUAAUUCUAGGAUUUGAAAUAUAAAGAUAUCUGUUUGACCUUAAAUAUGUUGCAGUUGUAUACACAGACAUAACAAGACAACAUAUUGAAUCUGUAGUCCUCGCCUAUAUAGGAUGUGCAUGUGUCCGAGUUCAUUGCUUAUGUGUAUCUUGCAGGCUAAUUGUAACUUAAUAUGUGAGGGUGAUUACGGUCCUGAGACGCAUCGUUCCAUGUCACAGCUGAGCGAGAAAGAAACUCCUUUUGAACUUAUUGAAGCUCUUCUAAAAUAUAUUGAAACAUUGAAUGUGCCAGGUGCCGUCCUUAUAUUUCUACCCGGCUGGAACCUCAUCUAUACCAUGCAGAAGCAUCUUGAGAUGAAUCCACAUUUUGGUUAGUAAAGUUAUAUAUAUAUUUUUUUUUUUUUUUACAUUUCUUUGUGCUGUGUUGGUAAGCCAAUAUGAAAAUGGGUGUUUCAAAAUAUUUUUGUAUGAUAGUAGUACAAAAGAUACUCAACCUGAUGUAUGGGAGAUACAUGUCCUGUCUUAUUUGACUUCACAUUUAUCUUCAGUAUAUGUAAGUAGGAUUUAAAUGUGCUUGGCAUCUCCAGAUUUGGAUUUUUUUGUUUAUUUUUUUUAGUCUGCAUUAGAUAUUUGUAAUAGAAGCAGAUUUAAAUCUAAGAGGGGAAUCCACAAAAGAACAGCAUGCUUGUUUACAAGGCUUGUCCAGUGGGAAAGCCCCUAGUUGCUGCCUUGUCGGUGUACUAACUUUGACUUGGCAGGUGGUUGCUUUACGACAGGUCCUGUCCAGAUGCAUUUUAACCCCUUAAGGACCAAACUUCUGGAAUAAAAGGGAAUCAUGACAUGUCACCCAUGUCAUGUGCCCUUAAGGGGUUAAAAGGGCAUUCCAUGAUGCAAUGAAAAUCUUAUGUCUUAGAUAGCGAUACUAGAUGAUAUUUUUUUAUUUAUUUAUUUUUUUGUGUGUGUGUGUGUACGGGCAGGGGGUUUCAUUCUCCGACUAUAAUACAAUAAUAUAUAUUGAAUAGGAUCAUCAUCAUUAGGGUUAAUCUAAGCACCUUGAUUUGAAGUGGUCAUGGUGCUUGGAAUCAGUAUAUGCAGUGUUUCAUACUAAUAAUAAGUACUUCUAUUGAUGCUGCAGUAGGUGUAACUCCACCUUCAACAGUGUCAGUAUGUCACAUGCUAUGCACAGAGUGUCAUUCAUUUGCUGAAAGUUCCCAGUCCAUGCUCUCGGUCAAUGAAUGACCUGUCUGAUCGGCAUGCGGCUUCUGCAGAAGCCAGAUAAGCAUCACCAGCUUUAGAGGAGACUUGGUGCCAGUGGAUUACCCAACCAAGAAUGCAAACCGCUGCAAACAGUUCUCCUCAUUACUGGGGAACAGCACCAGUGUACUCCUGGCAUCAUAACCGAUGCAGUAGGCUGAAUGAUGCUUGGAGUAACCCUUUGAUGUUUUUGUGUUCAGGAUAUGAAGCAUGAAUUGUUUGUAAUGUUGUAGCCUAUGCAACUGUCACUUACUGUAAAUACUUCAAGUUGCAUAACUUUUUAUUAAGAUAUAAAUGUUCGUCUUUCAGGUAGCAACCAUUACCGCAUUCUGCCCCUGCAUUCUCAGAUUCCACGAGAAGAGCAACGUAAAGUGUUUGAUCCUGUUCCUGAUGGUAUAAUCAAGGUGUGUUGCUUGUCAGAUAUCCGCUUAGUAUAUUGAGAUGGCAGUAGUAGGAAAUCAAACACUUCCUUUAAAUGCGUAUAUCUUUUUUUUCUUUUCUUUAGGUUAUUCUGUCCACAAAUAUUGCAGAGACCAGCAUUACUAUAAAUGAUGUAGUAUAUGUCAUCGAUUCUUGCAAGUAAGUUUUUCAAUUGUUUGUCCAUCCUUCACGUUAAACUCGCAGUCUUUUGGAGGUGCUAUUUAUUGCAUUUAUUAUGUGGUCGACAUUAUGGUUUUACCCUCAGAGUUUUAUUAAAAACGUUUAAAAAUGAGUUUUCUUUCUUCAAAGGCAAAAGGUGAAACUGUUUACUUCUCACAACAACAUGACAAACUACGCUACAGUUUGGGCUUCGAAGACUAAUCUAGAACAGCGGAAAGGCAGAGCUGGUCGUGUGCGUGCGGGAUUCUGUUUCCACCUGUGCAGCAGGGCCCGAUUUGAGCGGUGAGCAGUCAAAGAUUCUGUGCACUUUGUAAUAAUUUUUAUGUUGUGUCUUAUGACUGUGUCUUGGCAGACAUUUUUAUAUGUUUUCUCUCUCUCUACCUCCCCACCAAUAUUAAUUCAGUUUGGAGACUCACCUUACCCCUGAGAUCUUCCGUACACCAUUGCAUGAAGUGGCUCUGAGCAUUAAACUUCUACGUCUGGGUGCCAUUGGACACUUCCUUUCAAAAGCCAUAGAGCCUCCACCGUUAGAUGCUGUGAUAGAAGCUGAGCACACACUAAGAGGUAAUUAUAUGUUCAUUUUCUACAGGCAAGUAGAACGCCCAUUAAGAGGAAUGCUUUGGAAACGUAUUUCUUUCUAACGCAUUAUUUGUCAGGGGCAGCUGUGUUUUUACAAAAUGGUUUUUGAACUGCAUAAACAGCCCACUCAACCUGAUGAUUUUUUUUUACUUUUAGAGCUGGAUGCCUUGGAUAGUAAUGAUGAGCUUACUCCCCUUGGCAGAAUCUUGGCUAAAUUACCCAUUGAGCCACGUCUGGGGAAGAUGAUGAUUAUGGGUUGUAUUUUCUAGUAAGUAUAUGGAGAAACAAAAUAAGUGCGCAUGUCAUUGUGAUAUAAUAUGGAUGAUGUCACACACCAGUUUAUCCACUCUUUGCCUUUAUUUUAGUGUUGGGGAUGCUUUGUGCACUAUUUCUGCUGCAACUUGCUUCCCUGAGCCUUUUAUCAGCGAAGGCCGUCGGCUGGGAUAUGUGCAUAGAAACUUUGCUGGGAACCGCUUCUCUGACCACGUGGCUUUGCUGUCCGUAUUUCAGGCCUGGGAUGACGCAAGGUAUGAUUUGUACAUAUACACGUAAAAAAAGUUCAGUCUGGUUUCUGGUGGUAAUGGAAGCUGCAGUAAAUAGUUAGUGCAUGUUAUUACAAAGGAUAAGGAUGGUAUGGGAAAACAACUGAAUGGAUAAAAAAUACGGUACUAUGGUGAUCAACAAGUGUAAAAAAAAAAAGUUUGCAGAGGGACACCGUAAUUGUGUAACUAAUACGUUGGAAACAUAGGUCCCUUCUUUAGAUGUUAUUUGACCAAUAAGUCCAGAAUGAAGGCAAACGUAAUACCAUAAUUAAGCAAGCUUUGCACCCAUGGCAACCUCCACACUUGCAGUUGUUUUCCUGUCCUGAUAAUCUUUAUACUAGAUGGCCUUUUGGUGGCAUGGAGUGUGUAAUGGUAUAUCAUCCCUGAAGAAGGUAACUUAGUGUUCUGAAAGAUUGCAGUCGUUGACCUAUAAGGUAACAAAUAUAAAUGCUAUAUUUGCCUCACUUUAAUGUUUUUUAAUCCCAGUUGUGUGUCAAUUUAAGCCAGGCAGGUUGUUUUGUACCUUUUUGGUAUUUAAUACAUACAUGUUCUCCUGGUUCCAAGAGUGACCCUUUCGAACAAACCAUAGUCGGCCUUUAAUUACACAUAACAUGCAGUAAAAUAAACCCAUUUAAGAGUUUAUUGAUGCUGUUUAAAGUAUGUGAAUAUUCUCUGUUGCCUUAGAAUGGGAGGAGAAGAAGCAGAAAUGAGAUUCUGUGAGCACAAACGUCUCAAUAUGUCCACACUUCGCAUGACAUGGGAAGCAAAAGUACAGCUCAAGGAUAUUUUAGUAAAUUCUGGUUUCCCCGAAGGUAUGUAUCCAGUUUCUGUAACAUUUAUCACAGUAUAACGUGCCUGUAGAAAAUUAAACUAUAAUUUGCUUUUUCUUUAAAUUUUAUUUUAGAGUGUUUAAUGAAUCAAGUCUUCAAUAACACGGGCCCAGAUAACAAUUUAGAUGUAGUCAUUUCCCUGCUGGCCUUCGGAGUUUAUCCAAAUGUCUGUUACCACAAGGAGAAGCGCAAAAUUCUUACAACCGAGGGACGCAAUGCACUUAUUCACAAGUCAUCUGUAAAUUGCCCUUUCAGUAAUCAGGAUCAGAAAUAUCCUUCACCAUUUUUUGUCUUCAGUGAAAAGGUAAGCAAUUGAGGGAAUUUAAUCUAACCAUGAUAAAGGGCCACACUUGAACGUGGGAGCUAGCUAUCCUUAAAAGAUAUCGAGUCACACAUUUAUUUGGAAUAUGUUACGCUGUUUGGUCUGUCAUAAAUUUCUCAUGUUUUGCAUGUGUUCUCUAAAUCUCAACAAACAUACACAGAAUCACUUUUGGAUGUCCACUUACAGAAUUAGUUCUAACAUACAGAAGUAUAAUAUUUCAGCAAUUGUGUUCUCUUAGUGUCACGGAUUAAAGGGACACUCUCGGCACUCUAAAGCCUUCAUCUCACUAAAUGGCUAUGUUGCCUUGAGUUCUCUGGUGCUGUCCUUUAGUUCAGUUUUAAACCGUUUUUCGCGUUUUAAACAGCCCCCGGCAGCUUCCCAUCUGUGCUACUUGGGCUAAUGAGGAGACUUUAGUCUGAGUUGCAAUGGGCAACAGUGAUUUUUUUCGGAGCGUGUCAGCUGAUGCUUGCGGCCUGUAACAACUGCCCAUCUGGUAUGGAGUGGGAUGGCAACGAAAGAGUGUAAUCUCUGCCUUAGUUAUACCCCUAGUGGGUGGCCAGGGCCCUCAUUCAGUGUUAAACUGUUUGAAAAUAACACUGAAUGGAGGGACAACGCCUGGAGACACCAGUCACUGAAACCAGUUCAGUGAGACUAAUAUAGUGUCCCUUCUAAUCUGUAUCACUGUCCUAUUUUUUUCUGUGACUGAACAGUCUGCAAGUCAGGAUAACUGUAUGAAAAUAUUUUUGCAAAUGUGUGAAAAUUCUUGGCAUUCGUGUGGGUUUUGUAUGAUUUAAGGCAACUAGAUCCACCUGUCUUAUAUACACAAGGACUUAGAAAGGAAUCUUAGCUUAAAAGGGACACUAUAGGUACCAACACAACUUUAGCUUAAUGAAGCAGUUUUUGUGUAUAGAUCAUGCCCCUGAAGUUUCACUUCUCAAUUCUCUGCCAUUUAGGAGUUAAAUCACAUUUGUUUUUGUCUAUGCAGCCAUAGCCAUACCUCCCCUGGUUGUGACUGACACAGCCUGCAUGGAAACAAAAUGGUUUAUCAGAUGUAAAUUGCUUUAAAAGUUUAUCUCCUGCUCUGUAAAUUGAACGGUAAUUACAUAAAGGAGGCUCCUGCAGGGUCUGGCAAGCUAAUAACAGAGCAGGAGAUAAAGACUGUUAGAUUAAAUGGCGUUUGCAAUAAAGGAAAUGUAAAUAUUAGAUGACUCCUUAGAGGAAGUGCUUGGGAAGACUGUGUAAGUCACAUGCAGGGGGAUGUGACUAGGGCUGUAUAAACAAUUUAACUCCUAAAUGGCAGAGAAUUGAGCAGUGAGCCUACAACUAUGAACUAUACACCAUAGGUGCUUCAUUAAAAUAAGUUGACUAUAGUGUCCCUUUAACAUUGGUAAUUUCAUCUGCAUUGCAUGGGUCACGUAAACACAAUCCUUGAAAGCUUCUGUUCAUAGGGCAGGUUUUCUUUGUGCUAGGAUGCACACGCAUUAUGACUGUAUAUGUUAAAAUGACUUAAAAUUAACCGUAAUGAACAUAUACUGCAAGUGGGAAAUCCACUAAAUUAAGGCAAUUCCUAUGGGAUAAUGUCAUUAUUUGUUUUUUUUUUCUCAUACAACAUAUUAUGAGAGCCAUGGGUGCUGUGCCAGGCAAUCAUCGAGUAGAUGAGGUGAUCACAUUUUAUCUUUGCUGCAUUUGGAACAUAGCUAUGGGUCAGACAGCAAAUAGUUAAGUAUGGGUGACCCAGUCAGUAGCAUGUCUAAGUAGUAGACCGCUUUUCGCAGAUUUCUGUGACUGACAGACAUGUUUAUAUGUCAGGGUCAAGGUUACAAUGCUAAGAAAUUUUAUAUUCUAAAAAGUAUGUUCAGCUGGAUGAGACUUCGGUCUUCUAAAUUUCACACAGUAUUUCUUUGUUUAGCUGGUUGCAAUAUUCUCACAAUAAUUAACUAUUAAUAUAAUUAACAAGCAAUAUUAACUCACGCUUUCAUUUCACGUUAAAUUGUUUCGAGAUGCUUUCUUUCAAUGUCCUUACUGCAGCUUCUAAAACACUGUUCAUUUAUUUACAGAUCCGCACCAGAGCCAUCUCUGCUAAAGGGAUGACUAUGGUGAGUGGCUUACAGCUGUUACUCUUCGCUUCCAAGAAAGUUAUGUCAGAUGGAGAGCUAAUUCUCCUGGAUGAUUGGUAAGUUUGUUGUUUUUGUCGGGAGGGGAAGAAGGGGGCGCGUUUUUAGGAAAGUUAGUGCAGCAUAUGAUUGAAACCACUUAUGUGUUUCUGAAUUAACUGUUAUAAAAAACUUAAAUGUUGACCAUUGAUCAGUGCAACACAAAUGUGCUCAGUCACCCUUAUACAAUCAUUUUGUUCAAUUUAGCAAAAGUGUGUAAUGCUAGAAAAAACUACCCAAAAUUAUGUCUGUUCCUUUUGAAGCCUUGUUACAUAAAGCCUACUAGUUAGCUAUGUCCUCUGAGCUGCCACUUAGUGUUAUAGGUCUCACUCAACGAAUAAGCAUGGAGUGUGAGCCCCAUCAGAGAUUUCCCUAGACAUUUUAAAGGCACAUAUUGUUAAACAUAAUUAAAAACAAUUUUAUAGCAUUAUUAUGGGAAAUUGUUUUACUUACCGUAAUUUUCUUUUCCUGAUAAUUAUUCAUGGGAGCAUUUACUCAUAGGGUUAGCUCCUCCCCUUACAGCAGAAAGGACAGGAAAUAGAACUCUAAAACUGGUAUAAAUAGAUCCUCACCCUUCCCAUCAGGCAGUCUUUGUAACUAGCUUCACAACUCAUAAUAUAUGGGUUGAAACAUAAUGCUGCUAUGAAUAAUGAUCAGGAAAAGAAAAUGACGGUAAGUAUGAAACCAUUUUCAUUAUUCCUGAUCAAUCAUGGCCGCAUUUACUCAUGGGGAAUACCCAAGCUGUGUGUGUGUGUAUAUGUAUGUGUAUAUAUAUGUAUAUAUGUAUGUAUGUAUGUAUGUAUAUGUGUGUAUGUAUGUAUGUAUAUGUGUGUAUAUAUAUAUAUAUAUGUAUGUAUAUAUGUGUAUAUAUAUAUAUAUAUAUAUAUAUAUAUAUAUAUAUAUAUAUAUAUAUAUAUAUAUAUAUAUAUAUAUAUAUAUAUAUAUAUAUACACACACAGACACCUAAAAGUUAUAAAAAUCAUUAUUGAGCUGCAUAAACCUUAGAAGACUUAGAAAAGCCAAACCGUAAUCCCUAGGAUAUUGUCAUAAAACUGUUCAGACCAUUAAAUUUAUCUUGGGGGGCUGCUAGGUCAGCAACCCCUGGUAUUGAAAUGUCAGAAAUAUCCUGGAGAAAUAGAGCCAGAUAGGCAUUAAGGUCAUGAUAGCCAAACCUACUGAAGAAACAAGAUAAGAUUAGAUUAAUACAAGACAAAUUCCUGUAAGAAAAAGAAACCCGUUCUGUUAUGGAUAAUAAAAACAAAAAAAUUAGAUAAACUGCAUAAAACCAAGACAUGGUCUAGAAAUUAUAGACCUAUAAUAUCCUUCUCGAAUAUAAAUUAAAUACCAAAUGGAUAGCGGUAUCAAACAGGAGACCAUUCACACCGCUUUGUCUUGCUUACCUGUAGAUACAGAAAACAAAAUAUCUGCCUGUAAGAGAAAGGCAGAGCCUAGUAUUGAAAUAAGAGUCUGUUCUUAAAACAUAGCAAUAAUGACUAUAUAUUGCAAAAAUCAGACUCUCAGCAAUACCUCACACUGUGAAUGAAUUGUUUGAUACAGUAAUAAACAGUUACAGGAGAGGUAGAAACCAAUAACAUGAAUAGAUAUUACUAGGCAAGUUCAUGAAGAAUCACAUUCAGAUUAGUUAAAAAAAAUAUCAGUAUGAACCAUAGAAAUUGUGGCAACUACUAAAUUAUAAGUAGGCAAUGUAGGCCUACAACGUCAGGACCUACAUGCAAAGUUAAAAAUAUUGUAAAUAGUACGAAUUAUUUCAAAUCGUGAAAUUAAAUUGAUUAGAGACUCUUGUGCAAUGUCAGUAGGAGAUAAGCUAUAGGCAGGACACGGAUUAAAAGGUGGUAACCAGAAGUACAGGAUCCAUUGUAGCAACAGACACAUAAUAAGCAGGAUAGUAGAAGAUAUUCAGUUGUCCUUAUGAGAAUAAGCAACUGCAUAUUUACACUGACCUUGCCUAUGGUGAUAAGAUCAUUUUGCAGUUUGUUUUAUCUGCAAAGAUAUCAACACCAGUCCAAGCAUAUAAUCCACAAGAAUUACAACAAUGCAAUGUUAGGAAUGACCGUCACAUAUACCGAUCUAGGUACAGAGACCAUGUGAAACACAACAGUCAAAUGUUUGUCACAAUCAAGCUACGAUAUCAUAUUAUGCAGGAUGACUCAACAACUUAAAGCCAUACAUUGGCUGCAAAGUCCAGAUAGUAGUACGCCCAAAAGAAUCUCAAUGAAUAUCAGAACAGAGGUCAGAAAUGGGACUUCAAGUCCAGCGAUUUCCCCUUAUUGUUCUGGUAGCAGGUGAAUUUUACCUGAAGUAGUAAACCUGGUAGAAUGGUCUGGGGACUGAAAGACCUUCCAAUACCCAGCAUCAACGUUACAUGGAGCAUAUGAGCCUAAAAUAAUACAAUGCUUUCCUAUGGGGAUUUCGGCGACGCUGGAGGUCCUCACAUAACGUGAGGAUGUCCAGCAUUGUUUUAGAACACUUUUUGGGUUCUAUGAACACGGAAGUCUCCUCUAGUGGCUGUCUAGUAGACAGCCACUAGAGGAGGACUUAACCCUGCAAUGUAAAUAUUGCAGUUUAUGAAAACUGAAAUAAGUACACUUGCAGGGUUAAGGGUAGUGGGAGUUGGCACCCAGACCACUCCAAUGGGCAGAAGUGGUCUGGGUGCCUGGAGUAUCCCUUUAAGUAACACUUGCAUUCCAACUAAAGUGGUUGAUUACUAAUCCUGAAACACAUGUGCAAAGACAAAUCCUGAACACUAAUGCAAAGGCAAAAAGCAGCAUGUUUCUUUUAUCUCCUUCAUUCAGUAAACUGAAGUGGAAAAACCACAGUUUGUAAUAGGUAGUUUUGUUUUGGUGGAACUGGGUAAAAUUACUCCGUUCAAACACAGAUCUUAGAUCCAAUACAUAUAUUAAAUAUACUAAGGAUGUGUAUAUAUUGGGGUUGCAUUAUUUAAUCCUCAAGUGCGUAUACUAAGAAUAUAUAAACCAGAUAAAGUAAGGCUGUGUUUUCACAGAACUUCAUGCACAGAUUCUAUCACUCACAUAUACUGAAACUGUGACUAACAGCAACCCUAACAAAGAGCUUGUGUUAGAUCCAUAUACUUAAGUUGUUUUCAGAACAACUAAAACAACUGUGAAUGAUGGACUUUUAUAUCAUUCACAUAUGUUUCACACUAAUAUAUAGCGCAUGCAUGCAUAACUCCUACAUAGAGCAUAUAGUGGACUCAUAUACUGAGGUUGUGUCCUCAUAAUAACUCCUACAUAGAGCAUAUAGUGGACUCAUAUACUGAGGCUGUGUCCUCAUAAUAACUCCUACAUAGAGCAUAUAGUGGAUACAUCUACUGAGGCUGUGUCCUCAUAAUAACUCCUACAUAGAGCAUAUAGUGGACUCAUAUACUGAGGUUGAGUGUUCACACCAACUCAUACAUAGAACGUGUACACACUGCGAUUAUUCCCCUUAUGCCAACUCAUAUACAGAGAUAAUAUUGGUAACACAUACUGAGGCUGUGUGAUAAACAACCUAUAAAAGGUGUCCACACCAGUUCAUUUAGAUGAUAUCUUGGUCUCAAAUGCUGAUUUAGAGAAGCAGGAAGAUCCAAACCAUAUAUUAACUUCCAUUCUGAAAAAGCACAGAUAACCGCUAUCAUUGCCUCAUGCCUUGAUAGGAACAAGUGUCUGCAUGAACUAUGCAUCAGGUUUUAAAACCCAUGACAUAUACAUUAGUGUAAUUCAAUCAUUCAGUUAGGAAAGCUUUCUCUUACCAUGUGUCUUCACUGUCUCCAGGACUGUGGUGUUUAGGCAGACAUUAUACAGCCAGGAUAUCAUUAUCAGCACUCUUUUGUAAAAUGCAUCCUUGCAUUAUCCGCACUUUUUGUAACAUGCAUCCUUGCGUUAUCCGCACUUUUUGGAACAUGCAUCCUUGCGUUAUCCGCACUCUUUUGUAACAUGCAUUAUCUGCAUUCUUUUGGAACAUGCAUCAUUGCAUUUAUAAACUUACCUAAAUGCUCACCACACAAACCUAAAUGUGACCUAUUUUUGUUAGAAGGAAGCCUAAUGUAAGCAACUGGGAGGAACUGAAAGUACAGAAACCCAGGUGCCUAUGCUAGUUUUAAUUUAAAUUACUAAUGCACUCACCUGAGAAGUAAAACAUACUAAACAGCCAUAGAGACAGAUGAACAGCUGCAGACCUGAAUAUGAGCGACAAAUGGGGAUUUGAACAACUGACAGGCAUACCCAGGUAGUCACCUUAUGGAAGUGCUGUUUGCUGGGUCUUCAGGGAAAAGAGGCCUAGUCCCAGCUGGGCCUCAUGUAUGCAGUAGACAGCUUUCAUCCCCUGAGGGAGGGAGUUGGGUCAAACCCCUGGUCGCUGAAGGAGGUACCCAGGCUGGCAACUCCUAGAAAUGUGCUGUUGCUGGAUCCUCAGGGAUUAGAGGCUGAACCCUGGCUGGGCUUCAUGUAGGCAGUGGACCACAUUCAUCCCCUAAGGGAGAGAGUUGGGUCAGAUCCCCAGACACUAAAAGGUUUACCCAGACUUGCACCUCAUAGAGAUGUGCUGUUGCUGGGUCUUCAGGGAUAAGAGGCUGAACCCUGGCAUGAAUGCACUGGACCGCUUUCAUCCACUGAGGGAUAGAUUGGGUCCAACCCCUGGUCACUAAGGGGGGUACUCUGACUGGCAAACUCAUAAAGAUGUGCUGUUGCUGGGUCUUCACUGCUUAGUGGCUGAACUCUGGCAGGGCCAGAAAAAUAUUGGCCUGAUGAGCAUUUAAAAAAAAAAAAAAAAAUUCUAGGCCUGCUUCCAAACUACUAUGAAGGACAUGAAAAAAGACUGCCCGAUGGGAAGGGGUAGGAUCUAUUUAUACCAACUUCAGAGUUCUAUUUUCUGUCCUUUUUGCUGUGAGGGGAGGAGCUAACCCAUGAGUAAAUGCUGCCAUGAUUAAUCAGGAAAUAGAUGAUACAUUAAAGUCUUUAAAAAAAAAUAAAAAAAAAAUUAAUUAAGAUAAACUAAAAUACAUUUGUGCAACAAUGCAAGAUUACAUAUAACUCCUAGUCCCCGGACAGAAUUCAUUAGCCAAUAUCUCUUGUACCAAAAGGGUGAGGUUCUUAAAGGAACGCUGUAGCGUUUGGAAUAGACAUCUGUAUUUUUAAUGCUACAGCCUUGAUGCCCCUUGUCAUUUAGGUACUCCCCCUCCCGUAUAAAAAAAAUAAAAUAAAUGAAAUUGAUAAACUCAAAAAUAAUCGCCUUUUCUCCAAGGCCGAGUCUCCCUCGACCCUGCUGUGACCACCUCUUCAAGUGAUGUUAUCGUGGAGACAUACUAGAGGAGCAUUAGGCACCUAAGUCUAAUUCUCGACGCUCACCAUGAUGUGCUUAAGAUUCUGCUACAGAUAAUCAAUUAUUCUCCCUGGCCAUCUGUGACAGCACAGCACAGCACAUGCAUGCAUGACUUUAUGGUGUGAGAACCGUAAAGUAUGAUUCCCAGCUCUCAUACCAAGAGGGCUUGGAGGCUUGGCUUGAAGUACCGCUUCCAAGCCCUCUAAUUGGUUUACUGCAAAGUUUUGUGGGGUAGUUGAGGGGGACAGGACUGCAGGCACUAUGACCACUUGAUUAAAAUGUAGUUGUAAAGUGCCUAUAAUGUCCCUUUAAGAACUUGUUUAAAACAAAACACUUCAAACUAACAACUUUGUUAUGGAUUCAUCAAGAUACCAAUAGCACUUUAUCUCCAUUCCAAAAAGACAUCCAUGCAUGAGGUACCAGAGCUUGGUUGAAUUGUUUUUGGAUUUGUUGUAGAACAAGGGGAGCCCCAGUAAUGUAAACACAGUAAGGAAGACCUAAAUAUGUAUAUAUAAUUGUUCCUGUAACUGACACUUAUGCACUGUUUUCCACAAUAAUAUCCAAUUAUGCCCUUUUGAUUUAUUUAAUAUAUCAAGUACUAUAUGUGUAACAUUGGUUCUGCUCUGGACAAUAGCCCAAAACUCAAACCCAUUACUUCUCAGGAGGCAGAUUAUAAACUGAGGAGGUAUGAAGUGGGAGAAGGGACACAUUUACUGCUUGUCCAGGUGGAUGGAGUCCUUAACAUGGUGCUUAUAAGGCAGGUUGCAUAAAAUGUUGUCUCACACCUGUACAUCCUGUCUUAGGAUCAAACUGGCAAUGCCUCAUGAAGAUGCUGCCUGUAUAACUGCUUUGAGAGCUUCUAUGGAGGCAUUGGUAGUAGAAGUCACAAAAGAACCAGAGAUUUUAUCUAAUUUUGAUCCAGUAAAUGAGAAGAUGUUAAACAUGAUCCGCUUGAUAUCAAAGCCCUCCACAUCUGGCCUUAACCUCAUGAUGGGCAAUUCCAGGUAAGCCAAAUAUUUUAUUUCUCUAUAAAACCUGUACUCUGAUUAUAUCCAAAUUACAUUCUCUAAACAUUUAUUUAUUUAUUGGAACAGUGAUCUUGCCACUUGCAAAUUAGGGAAUGUGCAUGAGCUUAAAACUAGUUGAAGGCACAGUUAAGGCAUUGUUUCAUAUGAGAGUUUGUAUAAUUGUUUUCUUUUUUCUUACUAUGCAUGUCCUUACAUUUGUUUUUAAUAUAAACUUUCUUAAUGCAGAUUUGGUGACGGUCCUCGUCCUCCAAAAAUGGCUCGAUUUGAUAGUGGAUUCCAAGGAAACAGAGGAAGGGGCUACCAAAGUGGAUAUAAUUCAGGAGGUGGUUAUCGAGGCUCUGGAUAUAGAGGGUUUAGAGGUGGUGAUGGUGGCUACCGGGGAGGAAACCAAGGAGGUGGCUACCGGGGAGGCAACCAAGGAGGUGGCUACCGGGGAGGCAACCAAGGAGGUGGCUUCCGAGGAGGCAACCAAGGAGGUGGCUUCCGGGGAGGCAACCAAGGAGGUGGCUUCCGGGGAGGCAACCAAGGAGGUGGCUCCUGGGGAGGAAACCAAGAAGGUGGCUUCAAGAGUGGAAACCAAGGAGGGGGAUAUGGAGGUGGUUAUCAAGGAAGAGGUGGAGGUUUUGGAGGAAACUACAGAGGCCGAGGUGGUUUCUAAAUCCUGUGAAUUAUAGGGACUUUUUUUUUUCUUUUUUUUUUUUUCUCCCCCAUCCUUUUAACCCCUUAAGGACCAAACUUCUGGAAUAAAAGGAAAUCAUGACAUGUCACACAUGUCAUGUGUCCUUAAGGGGUUAAGGGAGAAAGCUAUGUGCAUGUUUAUGUAUUGGAAAUUAGUAGUAAGUAUGUACUGACAUCUGAAAAGUUCUGUUAUUGGUUUGUAUAUUUGGCCUUUUUAUUUUAUAUAUGUCUCCGAUAUUGUUCUGCAAAGUUAAAGAAAAAAUUGACCAACAAAUUUAACAUAGACAAAAACAAUCCUUUUUUUUUUUGUGUGUGUGCAUAGUUCUAUUCUUUAGACCUCCAAUUUAUCAAAAUCUUCAUUUUCUAGGAGUAAUGCUACAAACUGCAAAAAUGUAACCUAUUUAGUGUUUUAUAUACUGUGAAACCUAAUUUGUUGCUGAAUAGGUUAUGUCCUGUAGUAAAUCAUUUCUGUUGGUUUGCAGUUUCUCAAAGCAUGUGUGGUUUCAUUUAUAAGCCACAUUUCUUUCCCUCAACCAUGACUCUUCUGCAAUCACUUUUGCCAAAUUUUGUAAUCUGUAAUUACUUACCUUAUAGAAAAUAACAAGGUGGCCACGCAAAACUGCCUUUCUAUUUUGUUUGUUGUAUUCAUGCCCAAGUGUACAUUGCAAUUGCACUCUCAAGUGCUGAUGAGAGGAUAGUUCUGUAUAUUGUGUUGUUGUUCUGGUUUUUCUAAUAGUAAAUUAUUCCUCUUUUGUAUGUGCUCACAUUAUUUUAUUUUUUUCAAGCCACUAUAUAGUUCUGGGCAGUGCAAAAAUAAUUUUGAUUUGUUUUUUUUUUUUUUUGGUUUUUUUUUAAAUUGUCCUCCAUUAUUUCAUAUUUUCAAAAUGGCAAGUGACACACUUGUAAUUUCUGUUUUAAAAAAAUAAAAUUAAACCCACUAAAAGCUGUAGUUCUCGAUUUUUAUAACCUUGGAUUAGCUUCCAGUUAUGCAGCAAUGGCUUCACAAUACCUCUGUUCAAAUUAGAAUAAUUACAGGAAAAUUAAUCACAUUCUCUCAAAUGUUUUCAGUGAAUAUUUUACAAAUACAUCAAAAGACUUUUUUCGUGUCAGAAAAUAGAAGCUGUUAAUUUGGUUUAAUGCUAUGUAUAAAUAAUCACAACACCUUCUGCAUCAUAGUAAAUUUCUUAGAACAAUAUUAUGUAUUCUAAUAGAGGUUAUAUUUAAUACAGAGUUGAGUAUUAAGAUAAACUUGACGUUUCCCCUACAUUUUUCUUUAGUUUUGUUGUUAAUGACAAGGUCAAACGUUUGCAAACUUGUGUAAAGAACAUCACUAUAUUCAGGUACUGCUUCUAUAAUAAUAAAAAUAUAAUCGG